AUGCGUUCCGAAGAACUCGUGGCGAACGAGGUCCUGGCGUUCCUGCAGUACCAGCUGGACGUCAUGGAUGAGGUCAGUGUGACCCAGAUCUGCACCUCAAACUUCACUGAGGCGGAGAUACGCAGCGCCAAGACGCUGCUGUACGAGACUCUGCUUAUGGCAGAUCGAAUGCCGUCCCGCAGGAGGGAUGAAAAGGGAGAGAGGAGUCUCCAAGAUAUAAUUAAAGUAUUGAAGGAGACCGACCCAGAGGACGUACCAACUUUCGUGGCAAAGGAGUUGCGUAAGCUGCCCCCGGUCACGUUUGACCACGUCGACGUCACCAGGCUCCUAAAAGACAUCACGAGUAUGAGGUCUAGCCUGGUCGAGCUGCAGUUGAAGCUGGAAGCAUCGCAAUCUAUCAUCAGUGAUCUACGCAGUGAAGUAGUAGCAUUACGUAAUUGUGAAUGUAGGUCACACGCGCCUGCCAACAGCGACAACACACGCCACGGACAGGCCAACGCAUCGCCGCUGAGCGCCGCGUCAGCAAAAUUGCACUCGUCGCCGGUCGCCACUGCUAGUGAUGCUAAACUGUGCCCCGCCCCCUCCGCGUCUCCUGCCGUCGGGACGCCGAUAAAUGCAAGCACGUCGAAGCCUAGACGUGUUUACUCGGCUGCCGUAAAGAAAGAUCCCGUUCAACGGCUAACCAAGGCUAUUGUGGGAGCCCAGAGUCUCCCCGAAGUAACCCAAGGCUCGGUUCAUCUUGAACCUGGCAAAGGGACGGCUGAUGCAGAUGGUUUCAUCAAGGUGGAGAGGAAAAAGAAGAAGCCAUCUAGUCGAAACCGAUGCGGAACUGCAUUGACGGGUCCGAACAUGCUGUUGCGUCCCGCAAUACCUACGACGCAGCUGUAUGUUUCGCGUCUGCAUCACUCCACGAAGGUCGAGGAGAUCGUGGAGUAUAUACGUGUGAAGACCAACUGGACAUUGAGAGUCGAGAAGUUAGAGCCGAGACACAACACGAAUUCUAAAUCGUUUGUGGUGCGUGUUCCGACUCAGCAUCUCGACAUGUUCCAAGAACAGUUUUGGCCGAAAGGUGUCGUUUUCCGGCGAUUCCGCGGAAGACUACGUGACACCGCGCAGUGCAACACGACACCGCCUACUCGUGUCAACACUUAG